AUGGCAAUGCUUUCAGGGUUUUUCUUUGUAUUGCUGGUCCAAACUGUAAACCUUCAACAUACACCUCGAGGACCCAGGCCAAUACCGGGGCGAGGUGACAGUCCAGAGCCAACGGUACCUCCACUCUUACCUGAGCCCACGCCAAGACCUGAAGGCUGUGAAGCAGGUAUAAUCGACUGUCCCAUCAGGGUGUACUUCACUAUUGACACCUCAGAAACCAUCGCAUUGCAGGAGCCCCCACCUGGCAGCCUGGUGGAGAGUAUCAGAGAAUUCACAAAGAUCUUUGCCGAGCGGCUGGCUGAUGAGGAGUACAGGGGCCAUAUCCAGAUCACUUGGUCCAUAGGUGGGCUGCACUUCUCCCAGACGCAGGUGGUCUUCAGCCAGCUCACAACCAGAGAGAACUUCAUCAGGAAUCUCGCUUCGAUCCGAUACCUGGGCAAAGGCACCUACAUCGACUGCGCCCUCAAAAACAUGACUCACCACAUGACCCAACAUUACACAGAGACGAAGGCGGUUCUCUUCGCUGUGGUCAUCACUGAUGGCUACGUGACAGGAAAUCCAUGUUCAGGGAUCAAGGUGGUGGCAGAAAAGGCCCGGGAUCAAGGGAUCCAGAUUUUCUCAGUAGCAGCGUCCAAGGAGAUCGACGAAUUUGGAAUGAGGGAGAUAGCGAACUCUCCGUACGAGCUGUUCCGUGACGACUACAUAGCGGUGGAAAUCGUUGAUGGGAAACCAAAACUGAGCACUAAAACCAUUGAUCGUAUUGUAAAAGCAAUGAAAUACCAAGCAUAUUUGCAGUGUUACAAACCAAGAUGUUUUAAGAGUCCUGGGCACCCUGGACUAAGAGGUCCCUCAGGUCCAAAAGGCACAAAAGGAGACAGAGGCCCUCCAGGGCCAAAGGGUGAAAGAGGAAGACAGGGUGAUCCUGGCAUUGAAGGUCCAAUUGGACGACCUGGCCCAAAGGGAGAGGCUGGUUUAAAGGGUGACAAGGGUGAAAUUGGAUUAACUGGAGCAAAGGGUGUUGCAGGUUCAACUGGCAAGAAUGGAACUGAUGGGCAAAAGGGGAAAAUUGGACGAAUUGGAGCUCCCGGUUGUAAAGGUGAUCCAGGCGACAAGGGACCAGAUGGCUACCCAGGAGAUGCUGGUGAAACUGGACUAUUAGGUGACAAAGGAGAAAAGGGUGACACAGGCCUUCCUGGAAAGCCAGGCCCCCCAGGCCCUAAGGGUAAUUCAGGUCUGAAGGGUGAAAGAGGAAACCAAGGAAAUCCAGGACAGCCUGGACAAAGAGGGAGUCCGGGGAGAAAGGGUUCUCCUGGAGCAAAAGGCGAAGAGGGGAGGAGAGGAAACCCGGGAAUAAAGGGAGCACAAGGAAACACUGGGCCAAAAGGGAAAAAGGGAGAACGAGGCCCGGAGGGAAGCAGAGGUCGGACUGGGGAAAAUGGACUCAUGGGCGCAAAGGGGGAACUGGGACUACCGGGACCAAGGGGUCAGCCAGGAGAACUAGGCGCCCCUGGACGAAAUGGCACGACGGGAGAUCCUGGAGAUUCAGGACCAAGGGGAGACACUGGGCCACUUGGACCAAAGGGUGACAGAGGAAGGCAAGGUUUCAGCUAUCCUGGAUCAAGGGGACUGCCUGGAGACAGAGGUGCACCGGGUAGGAGAGGACCCAGAGGGAGCAGAGGUGACUGUGGCGCCAAAGGAGAAUCUGGAAAUAAAGGGCAACCAGGAGCGCCUGGUGAACCAGGCCAGUCAGGGCCGCCAGGAGAAAGAGGGCCUAGAGGAGAACGUGGACCUGAUGGGGAUCCAGGACCAGCAGGCGAUUCUGGGCUCACUGAAUGUGAUGUCAUGAGCUACAUCAGAGAGACGUGUGGUUGCUGCGACUGCGAGAAGCACUGUGGAGCUAUGGACAUUGUGUUUGUAAUUGAUAGCUCAGAGAGUGUCGGGCUGACAAACUUUACCCUGGAGAAGAACUUUGUUAUCAACACCAUCAACAGGCUGGGAUCUAUGGCGCCCGAACCUACAUCAACAACUGGCACAAGAGUUGGAGUUGUACAAUACAGUCACAACGGGACCUUUGAGAGCAUUCGUCUCGAUGACCCAAACAUAAACUCCAUGACUGCAUUCAAAACUGCAGUGAAGAAUCUGAGGUGGAUUGCUGGGGGCACCUUCACCCCCUCUGCUCUGAAGUACGCCUAUGAUAACCUCAUCAGAGACAGCAAGAGAGCCCGAUCCAAAGUGUCCGUCGUCGUGGUCACAGAUGGCCGCUUUGACCCUCGAGACGACGACAAUCAGCUCACGUACCUCUGCAACGACCCUGCUGUGGUGGUGAAUGCCAUCGGGAUAGGGGACAUGUUUGACACCAGACACGACAGCGAGACUCUGGUGUCAAUCGCAUGCAACAAGAAGGACCGGGCUACUGAGAUGAGGCGCUACAGCGAUUUGGUGGCUGAUGAAUUCUUAGAAAAGAUGGAAACUGUCCUCUGUCCUGAUCCAGUCAUUAAGUGCCCUGAUCUCCCCUGUACAAGUGAACUUGACUCAGCUCCUUGUGUUGAGCGGCCUGUGGAUUUGGUAUUUCUAUUGGAUGGCUCAGAGCGUCUCGGGGAGAGAAACUUCCUCCUUGUUCGUGAAUUUGUUCAGAAGGUUGCAGACAGGCUGGGACUGGCCAGGACCAGGACCGAUAGAAAGCGAGCCCGUCUGGCACUGAUGGAGUUUGGCAAGGAGUCAGAGAAUCGGGUGGCUUUCCCUCUAACACAUGACCCUGCCCAGAUUGUUAACAGUUUAACAGCUUUACAGUAUCUAGAUUCUUCUUCAAGCGUGGCGCCCGGCAUCAUACACGCCAUCAACAACAUCCUGGUUAGAGGAGGCGCCCGGCAAACGAGGCCCAAUGCAGAGAUUUCAUUUGUUUUCAUUACAGAUGGUGUCACUAACAGCGACAACCUGGACGAGGCGAUCAGUGCCAUGCGUCGUCACGAGGUGGUCUCCACGGUGAUUGCCACAGGAAGUGAUGUUGAUCAAGAAGUCCUAACAAAGCUGGCUAUGGGGGACCAGCACGCCAUCUUCAAAGCAGAAAAAUUCUCAGAUUUUUUAAGGUCCAGUAUGUUUGAUCGUUUCAUCCGGUGGGUGUGUUAG